AUGUCUGAAAAGCAGACCCUACCGUCGCCAUUAGAGCCAGAAUGGCAAGGACAAUAUUCCUGUCCUGCCCAUAUUGACACCGGCCCGUACAAGUGGCAGUCUGUGGACACAAGAAACAGCCAGAACAGAGAGAGAACCGAUUCAACGACGCCUAGUGUGUACAAAAGACAUGGUUUCAAAAAGGAAUCUCGAAGCACACAGGCUCCAUAUGUUCCCACGAAUACAAACACGAAGCUACGAAGCAUUAUCAAUCAUGACGCCUUGGGGACUGAAUCAUUCCCUUACUCUCGACCGCGAGAAGUGAGCACUAUUUACAGUUCACCAGGUGAUCGGAAUCCUGGGGCCGAAUUGAGCCAGUGUGAUAGAGAUCAUGACCAAGCGGUCGCAGAGCGUCUUCCGGCACGACCCAAGAGAUUCAGGUAUAACCCAGGCUUGUGA